AUGAUUUUACUAGUAAAAGAAAUAUCAGCAAAUUUGGAAUCCUACCAAAGGAUGUGCAGAACUGUCUUAACCAAUAGUGAAGAAAGUAGAUAUGGAUUAGAUAAUGGACAGUUAAUAGUAAACCAGGAUGAUUUUGCUAAGUUAUCAACAGAAGUGGCUCAGCUUACUCAGAAUUUACCAAAAGUGUUUACAAAGAAACUCAUAACAACAUUAAACCAAAUGGAAAAUAUAUCAAAAGAAAUAGAAGCAGCCAAGAAAGCUGUUGAUGAGACUACACUUGAGAGAAACCAUUGGAAAGUUCGUUGUGAUGUUGCCACUCAAGAUUGCCAGAAUGAGAAAGAACGUAACUUGCAACUUUCUAGACAAGUGCAAGAAUUGACUGAUGAAAUGAGUCGUCAGUCUGAUUAUUGUUCUAGUUUGGGAUCAGCUUGCUGUACAUUAUUAUGGAGAGUAUCACGCUGUGAAGAAAGCAUCCAGGCCAUUCUUAUUGGGAGCAAAGUUGAUGAAUUUUUGCUUCUUGUACAAAGCACUUUGGAUAGUUUCCUGACUACAUACAAAGAAGAUUGGCCCCAAGAGAAAACUAAUGAGGAACAUUUCAUUCUUGCUUUAUGUGGAAUUAUAACCAAUAUUGCUGCUUCUGCUUAUGGCCGAGAUUUUCUUGUUACUAAUCCUUGUGGCUGUAAAGUCAUUGAUACAUUCUUGACUAUACUAAAUGAAGCUCCAAGCAAAAAGAGUACAAAACUGAAAAAUUUGAUUCUAAUGUCCUUAUAUAACCUGUCCAUCAAUCAGAAAGGAAUGAAAUAUAUUAGCAACAAACCAAAUUUUUUCCAGUUGCUUGUUUGGUUAUUGAAAGAAGAACCAAGCAAUGAGUGUUGCAUCAAUAUUCUACGUUUGUUACAGUCUGUAAUCUCUGAGGCCAAUAUCACUGUUCUUCACCAAUUAAAGGAAUUGCUACCUGACAAAGAUCUACAUUUUCUUACCACCAGCAGAAACAAAGACAUCCGAGAUUUGGCUUCAGAGCUUUGUAUUGACCUUAACUAUUGA